ACAGUCCCACCACCGCGCGGCGAGCUCCGCCACGAGCGCCGGAGCUCCGCGCCGCCCGGCGCCGCCUCCCCCAACUCUCUGCCCCACCGGGACUCGUCACUUCCGCCAUCCCCAGGCCCGGGUUGGGCGGGGAACGCGGGGGAGGGGGCCAGGUCCGAGGGAAGCCCGCCCGCGCGCGAGCAGGGACUACAUUUCCCGAGGGGCCUCGGCGGCGGCGGCGGCGGCGGGCGCGGCAACGUCCCCCGGAAGUGGAGCCCUGGACUUCCACUCGUGCGUGAGGCGAGCGGAGCCAGAGUCGAGACCAGAGGCCGAACUCGGGAUCUGACAAGAUGGCCGGGCUGCCCCGCAGGAUUAUCAAGGAAACCCAGCGUUUGCUGGCGGAACCAGUUCCUGGCAUUAAAGCAGAACCAGAUGAGAGCAACGCCCGUUAUUUUCAUGUGGUCAUUGCUGGCCCCCAGGAUUCCCCCUUUGAGGGAGGGACUUUUAAACUUGAACUAUUCCUUCCAGAAGAAUACCCGAUGGCAGCCCCUAAAGUACGUUUCAUGACCAAAAUUUAUCAUCCUAAUGUAGACAAGUUGGGAAGAAUAUGUUUAGAUAUUUUGAAAGAUAAGUGGUCCCCAGCACUGCAGAUCCGCACAGUUCUGCUAUCGAUCCAGGCAUUGUUAAGUGCUCCCAAUCCAGAUGAUCCAUUAGCAAAUGAUGUAGCGGAGCAGUGGAAGACCAACGAAGCCCAAGCCAUAGAAACAGCUAGAGCAUGGACUAGGCUAUAUGCCAUGAAUAAUAUUUAAAAUCGAUCUGAUCAUCAAGUGUGCAUCACUUCUCCUGUUCUGCCAAGACUUCUUCCUUUUUUGUUUGCAUUUAAUGGACACAGUCUUAGAAACAUUACAGAAUAAAAGCCCAGACAUCUUCAGUCCUUUGGUGAUUAAAUGCACAUUAGCAAAUCUA